GGGCGGGGCCUACGGCAGCCGGGAGGGUCCGAACGCGGCGGGCGCGGCGGCGGGAUGGAGUCGGUGGUCUUCAUCUUCUCGCUGAUCGACUGCUGCGCCCUCAUCUUCCUCUCCGUUUACUUCAUAAUCACGUUAUCAGAUCUGGAAUGCGACUACAUCAAUGCUAGAUCAUGCUGCUCCAAGCUCAAUAAAUGGGUGGUGCCUGAGGUGAUUGGUCAUGCUGUUGUAACGGUGUUAAUGCUUAUUUCAUUGCACUGGUUCAUCUUUCUCCUUAACCUGCCAGUGGCCACAUGGAAUAUAUACAGGUACAUUAUGGUGCCAAGUGGAAACAUGGGAGUAUUUGAUCCCACAGAGAUCCAUAACCGAGGACAACUGAAAUCACACAUGAAAGAAGCCAUGAUUAAGCUGGGCUUUCAUCUGCUCUGUUUCUUCAUGUACCUUUACAGUAUUAAACAACAGAGCACUUCUUGAUUCUAAAGAGAAAGACCAGAGGAAGAGUGACAUGACGGAUUGUUUCCUGGGAUCAGCUGUGAGAGCUUUGGUGACUCUUGGCCAGCCUGCAGCCCUGGGGGUUCUGCUGGCUAGAAAAAGUAAAUUCCUCAAAAGAAAGUGAGCUAAGAAUAAUCUUCAGAGUGCAGAGAAAGAAGGGCAAACCAACGGAUCUCCUCAAGACCCCUUUUCCAUUCUAAUCAUUAUUCCUGGACUGCAUUAGACACUGCUGUGUCUGUAGCUAAAGUCAUUUUCAAGAAAACUGAGUCAUGUCUGACAUCAUCGCACAUCCUGGAGCUUGUCUGGAACAGAUACAUUUCUUUUUACAACAGGAUUAAAGCAGCCUGUCACUUCAGCAUAUUUGAAACUCAUGAGAAACAAGAUACAUAAGAUAUUCCUCUUCUAAUGAUAGAACUCUGUGGCUGUUACUAUCUUCCAUACUGCUCUAAUACUUCCCUCCAAAUACCAUAAAGCUGCUAUACCAUGCUCUAAAACAGCAGUCAGUGGUAUUUCAGGCAAACAUCCCCAAAUGUAGUCAACCUGCCUCCCACCCACCACCGAAAGAAAUCUCAGCACUUCUGUGCUUUACAUAUAGCUUUCCAAAUUUUUGUUGUGUAUGACAAGCAACUAUUCAGGCAUCAACUCAAGUCUGCAGUAGCUGAGCUCCUUGGCUGAAAUGCCAAAAACCUGUCAAUGGUUUUCAGAAAAUGCAGAAGGGAUUUUUGUAAGGAGCCAGUUAAAGGAGAACUCUUAACAAAGAAGAUGCCUGUUAGACAAGGUGAUGCACAGAGUGUGCUUAUCCUUUGUGCUCCACAGAGCUUCUGCCACACUUCCUGACAGUCAAAUAAUGCAUCCCACACAAACCUAGUCAACUCGAGACACUAUUUAAUGCUGCUGAGUCUGCAUUAGAACUUUGAAAUUAGCCCACGAAGAUGACAACAGAAGCAUAGGUUAAGACAGUCUAGACAUGUAGCUGGGUCUUAGAAAAGAAAUAAGAAAUUCAAGGUAUGAAACUAGGAAAACACAUUGCAGCAGCAUCAUUGCAGUUCCAAGAGGAGCUUGGACAGGGAGAAAUGAAAGAUUCUCACACACGAAGUGUGUGUGUAAAAAUCAAACACUGUUCAUUUAAAACAGUGCUCUCCCAUCACUUGCCCAGACAUUGUUGGAUUGAUGUUUCCACGUAGUUUAUGCAAACAGAUUAGAAUAAUUCUGUAUACCUAAAGCCUUGAAAACCAAAUUAAAUUUACGGGUCAAAAGACAUUGUCAACUCUACAGGAAACGUGAGAAGCAUGUUCUGGCAAAUACGAAAAUCAAUCACUUGAUGUGGCCUAAUGCUAUUUAAGUAUCCACCUGCUUUAAAGGGUUGCAAUUUUUUUUAAAGCAUCCAAAAAAAGAGACAAACCAAUAAAACUCUACCAAACUGCUUUCCCACUUUUUUUUUAGAGAUUUUUAUUCUUUAGCAACCCUUGGUCAAAAGGGUUAACCUGAACACUCACAAAACAUUUAUCUGGUUUUACUAAGUAGGUAUUAGCUAACAAUUCACUUUAAGAUGUGCUAAUCAAGAUGUGUGGUAUUAAAACCCAUCAAUAUAAAAGAAAGAUGUGCAUCUACAGUCAAGUGACAAAUUAACAGCAAAAAACAUUUGAUCCUUAAUUUACCUAAAUUACUCUGUCUGUUAAAAGAAACUCCAACAAAACCAACGAACAACAUACAGAUGAUUUCCAAACUAAAUAACAGAAGUCAGCUUUGCUGCUAUGCAGCUCUUAGCCCAGACCACACAGGCCCCAGUAACACACAAACCACAGCAGUUCUUAUGCCUGAAAAAGCCAUUGUUCCUGCUGUUAGUUCUGGGGCUACAUAACAACUGUGCACAUGGAACAGGGUUUUAAGUCCUCCCAUUAUUUUAAUAGCAAAAGGGACUCAGAUUAAUGGCUUCCUAACCCGAAGUGGAAGAAACUAAACUCAGCUCUCAAAUCCUACCAAACACCAGGAUGGAGCUGCAAAAACCUUUCAUUUUCCACCUUACAUAUCAGCCUGCAGCUGUGUGGUUAAAAAAACCACAAGGAUCUUAUUUUUGAUAGUGUUUCACAAGCAUUAGCAACUUCAGAUGUGUGUGUGUGUUCAAGUCUAUUCACAGUCUUCAACUGUUAUGACAUGUAUGGACAUACUUUCCUAAUCACUUCUACGAGUCGAAACAGGCUUAGAUUCAUCAAUCAACCUCCUUAUUUAUACACUAAUAGAUAUGUGUAGGAAAGAUGUAUGAAAUAUCCUACAGCUACAAGACUUACAAGACUUUUAUAUCCCAGGGAAUGGGAUGUAAGUGGGCUACAGUCCAUGUCAGCCUGUCAUACAAGAAUCAUACCAUCCUAGCAGGAAAAAGCUGAGAGGGAAGGAAAAGACAAGUUGUCACACUUGUUUUCAUGCAUGUUUUCACACUUUGCACACUUACUGGAUCAACCUGCCAUAUAAUAACAGUUGUGUCCUUAGAUCCUGUUGCUAAUUUAGUGCCGUCGUUGGAGAAUUUACAGAACCACACUUCAUUACAGUGCUCCGUUAGGAUCUGCUGGGUAUAGCAUGGGAACUGUUUCCUGGGAAAACAAAGGGAUGCAUUUGCAGAUUAGUAAGAAAGCAGUAAGAUUUUUUUAAAAUCAAGCUACUAAAAAAAAAAACCUAAUCAAACAAAAACCUUAUUUAAAUGCAUGACCAGACAACUUGGAAAACUCCUCUAUUAACAGCUGCUUCAAAUAAGUACAGAACGAAAUGUCUUAUCUGGCAACAAGCUCACACCAUCAAGCCAUCAUAAUGAACCAUAAGAACAUAGAACCGUUCUUAUUUUAUAUACUCUCAUAAUUUGUUAUGCUUUCAUGUAACUUGGAAUAAAACUGGCCUCAUCAGGAGUGUAGCAGUUUAUUACUACCUAAUUUUCUGACGUAUCGAAAAUACUAUAGGUCUCUCUGAACCAUAAGUGCAGUGUUUUAACUCCUGAGGUUUUUGUAGGUAUCCAACUCACUUAGCUAUAUUUUCCUAACAAAUGAUUCUUACAUAAAAGCUUUUUCCUGAUUGUGACCUUGCAAUAAAUUAGAUGUUUCUUUGCC